GAAGCUUUAUAUUGAUCCCAACAGUUUUUUAGAAGGGAUCAAAAUUAUUUAUUACUCUAGAAUUAUCUUUAAGCUUAAAGUAUUAUUAGUAUUCUGAAUCACAUUUAUACGUAACUAUGAAUACGAUUGUAAGUGUAACUUGAUAAGGCUCAUUUCCUUCUGUUGUCCAGCCCUAAGUUUAAGUUUAAUGUUAGCCAUGAAUAUAUUCAUAUUUAUAUUUAUUUUCAAUCAAGUUUCUGGAGAUUGUGAGCUUAUCCAGAACCUACGGGAUGCACUCCAGAUCGGGUACAAGGAGAACACCAUUGGAGGGAAGACCUUGAGAGACCCAACCAGUCUCGAGAUAAGAUUGAUAGAUAGAAAAGGAAAACUGUUUACAUCAAGCUCGGAUAGACGAAGGUGUGGUCAAGGAAUGGAUGAGUUUAGUUUCUCAUUAUUUGACCAGGGUUCACUAAUCCGGGAGCUUGAUAUUGGAGAGUUAUCCAAUAGUGAGAGCUUGACCAUACUGAAUAUCGACCAGUGUAAGGAUUAUGUAUUCCGGGUAUUUAUAAAAUACAGAGAUGGGGUCCAACUUUCCAGGGACGGAAACUUCGGCCCUUUCUUCAGAGAAUUAAAUUCGGACCAAAUAGGAACACUUAGUAUCAAAGAAAAAGAUCAAAAGAAGACGGAUAGCGUCACGUUUUCUGCGAAAGGAACAAAGAUAAUUGCUAAUUGGAAACCUCUUUGUGGUCGCAGUAUGGCAAUCUUUAUUAACGAUGGAAAACAACCUGCCAAGGUGUUGGAUAAAGAACAGUUGGAAACUGGUGAAACAGAACUAGAAGUUGGUUCAUGUCAAGUAUUUGAAACUGGAAAUAUUUUUGCUGAGAUAUUUCUGACCGACAAAUACCCAGGGGGAAAUAAUUUCUAUGAACAAAGUAAUUUAAGAAACACGUUGGUUACCCAACCUGUAGUCGAGAGUUUCGGUAAAUUUGACAUUACAAAUGCCACAAUAUUUCAAGAUGGCGACCUGGAAGGGGAGUGUAUAAAGUCCCAUUAUUUACAAAUAUCUCUGUACAACAAAAAUAAAAGCACUGAUGGUUUUCCGAUUUUGAAGAAACAAUUACUACUACCAAAUACUUUGGACAACAUAUUUGAAAAUUUGCGGCACAUCCGACCCUGCACCGAAUAUGAAAUUCUUAUAUCUGUUGAUUAUGAGCUAGUGACUGGAAAAUCAGAGGAACCAACGGAAUUGAUUUUGCUGAAGACAAUUGUAAAAACCAACAGUAAUGGCGGAUUUUUCAACGUUCAGCCACAAAUUGAUAUUAAUGAAGAUAAUUUAAUGGUUACUGGUCGACCCUGUAACUUUAAGUUCUCUCUGGCUUUAAAGAAUAGAGACACAGCAAAUUUUGACUCAAGGCUUGAACCAACAGAAAUCUCAGAAAACGGAGUUUUUCCUUUGAAGAAUUUAUCAAGUUUGAUGGCCUGCACUUCCUAUGAUAUUUCUCUACUAAGUUCUGAAGGAAACGAGUAUGACUCUGUUGAGUGGACAAGUUCUAUAAAAACAAUUCCAGAUUUGUUAAUGACCAUCAGAGACAAUGCAAGCGUGAUCUUUAGCGUGCCAAACUAUCAGAAUUGCAACAUGUCGUAUUUCAUAGUUGAAUGCAAAAAUACUAAAACUGAUGACAUAUUUCAACUCCCAUGCAAGGGUGAUGUUGAAAACUGUACUACCAACAGUAUAAAAGGUCAUGACUCCUACAAAUGCAGAGCUAGAGUCGGCUUAACUGAUAGCAGUUCCUCGCCAUGGACUGAUUGGAUGGAGGUUAGGGAGAGGAAACAACGUGAACUAGACCUGGACAGUUUCAAAACAUUUGAAAAUCGGCAAAAUUUUGAAGAUGAGGAGAAGAAAAAAUCUUCAUCUGUUUUCUUCAUUAUUGCUGGCGCUGCUUUACUUGGUUUAGUCGCAGGAAUUGCAUUUUAUAUUGUGAGACGAAAUGCAAGAAGACGUGCUACUAUGGUGGAUAUUGUGGAGGUAGAGAAGAAUAAUAAAUUAGAGAAACAUUAUACUAUAAUUGGGGACCCUGAAAAGAAAAAUAAAGAAGUGGAUAUGAAAAAACCAGAGAAUGAAGACGACGUUAAAACAAUACAAGAACAAUCCGCAAUGGAGGAGAAAAAUACUCUUUCACCCGCAAGAGAAAAGACUCGGGUUCCUUCCAUCAUUGUUACUCUAUCAGAUGAAGAUAAAUCAGUAACGGAGUUGAUGCAACAUAAUGUGGAAACCAUAAUGAAAACACAGGAUGAACUAGAUGAUGGACAAAAAUAAGAUCAACUCCAUACUCAAUACACAGAGAGAACCAGAAAACUCACGGUUUAAUGUCGUCUU